AUGCCCCAAGUACGAAACCCCAUCCUCCCCGGGUUCAACCCCGACCCCUCCAUCCUCCGGGUGGGCGAUGACUACUACAUUGCCACUUCCACCUUUGAGUGGUACCCAGGUGUUCAAAUCCAUCACUCCAAGGACCUCGCCAACUGGGAGCUCGUCACCCGCCCCCUAACCCGCAAGUCCCAGCUCGACAUGCGAGGCGACCCGGACAGCUGCGGUAUCUGGGCUCCCUGUCUCACCCACGAUGGUGAAAAGUUCUGGCUGGUGUACACAGAUGUCAAGCGCAAGGAUGGGUCCUUCAAGGAUACUCACAAUUACAUUGUUUCCGCCCCAGCUAUCGAGGGCCCAUGGUCGGAUCCGGUCUACACCAACUCUUCUGGGUUUGAUCCUUCACUCUUUCACGACCCGGACACCGGCAAGAAGUGGUUUGUGAAUAUGCUGUGGGAUCACCGCCGUCGCCCUCUUCUUUUUGCCGGGAUUGCGUUGCAGGAGUGGGAUCCUGUUUCUGGCAAGCUCGUGGGCCCACGCAAAAACAUCUAUCGGGGUACCGAGCUCGCUCUGGUCGAGGGCCCUCAUCUCUACAAGCGGAAUGGAUGGUAUUAUCUCCUGACCGCCGAAGGAGGCACCGGCUACGACCACGCAGUCACCUUUGCCCGUUCCAGGGACAUUUGGGGGCCCUAUGAAACCCACCCAGACAAGCACAUUCUCUCCUCCAAGGACCAUCCCCAUGCCGCGCUGCAGCGUGCCGGACACGGUGAUAUUGUCGACACACCCGAUGGGAAGACCUAUCUCGUCCACCUUACCGGCCGCCCGACCACCCAGAGGAGAAGGUGCGUUCUCGGCCGCGAGACCGCCAUCCAGGAAUGCUUCUGGAAAGACGACUGGCUCUUUGUCAAGGGUGGGCCUGUCCCCUCCCUCCAUGUCGAGCUCCCUGCCGCCCGGGAUGAGGAUCGGUACUGGGAGACGAAAAAGUACUCGUUCGAUGCUGGCGAAGGACUGCACAAAGACUUCCAGUGGCUUCGCACCCCCGAGUCGGAGAGAAUCUUCAACCUGGACAACAACAAGCUCAACCUGAUUGGCAGGGAGAGCAUCGGUUCCUGGUUCGAGCAAGCCCUCGUUGCGAGGAGGCAAGAGCACUUUUCCUACGACGCCGAGACAGUCAUUGACUUUUCCCCCACCGACGAGAGAGAAUUCGCCGGGCUGACGGCCUACUACUGCCGGUACAACUUUUUCUACCUCAUCGUCAGCGCGCACAGUGACGGGCAGAGGGAGUUGCUGAUCAUGGCUUCCGAGGCGAGCUGGCCGGUGGGGAAUCUGGUCUUGCCGCUGUCGAAUCCUGACAGUGUGGUUAUUCCCAACGAGGGCAAAGUUAGACUCAAGGUUACGGUGAGGGGGAAGGAGCUGCAGUUUUGGUACGCUCUUGAGGGGGAGCAGGAGCUCAAGAAGAUCGGCCCAGUGUUUGACGCAAGUAUUGUAAGUGAUGAGUGUGGUGGGCAUCAGGCUCAUGGGAGUUUCACGGGGGCUUUUGUGGGGGUCGCUGCCUCGGAUUUGAACGGGACGGGGAGGGUGGCCAGUUUUGAGGGGUUUGUGUACACGCCUGUGAAGCAUGGUAGUGAUCGGUAUGAGGUUUAG